AAUUCCAGGCUGUCAUGGCGGCAGGAGGCAGAACUUGCAGUCUCUCCAUGACCCACCCCUACAGGUGCAGAAUGUGGCAGCUUGCGAGCCUCCUGCUGUUCGUGGCCACCUGGGGAAUUUCCAGCGCUCCAGCUCCUCUUGACUCGGUGUUCUCCAGCAGCCAGCAUGCCCACGAGGUGCUGCGGGUCAAACGCGCCAACACCUUCCUGGAGGAGCUCCGGCCCAGCAGCCUGGAGCGGGAGUGCACAGAGGAGAUCUGUGACUUCGAGGAGGCCAAGGAGAUUUUCCAAAAUGUGGAAGACACACUGGCCUUCUGGUCCAAGUACGUCGACGGUGACCAGUGCGCGGCCCGGCCCCUGGAGCACCAGUGCGCCAGCCCGUGCUGCGGGCACGGCACGUGCACCGACGGCAUCGGCGGCUUCAGCUGCGACUGCGGCCGGGGCUGGGAGGGCCGCUUCUGCCAGCUCGAGGUGAGCUUCUCCAACUGCUCGGUGGACAACGGUGGCUGCGCGCACUACUGCCUGGAGGCGGCGGGCGGGCGACGCUGCAGCUGCGCGCCGGGCUACGAGCUGGGGGACGACCACCUGCAGUGCCGGCCGGCGGUGAAGUUCCCUUGUGGGAGGCUAUGGAAACGAAUGGACAAGAAGCGCAAUUACUUUAAACGUGACACGGACCGAGCAGAACAAGCGGACCCAGACCGAGCAGACCAAGUAGACGCAGACCAAGUAGACACAGACCGAGCAGACCAAGUAGACACAGAGCGAGCAGACCAAGUGGACCCGGACCGAGCAGACCGAGUAGACACAGACAGAGCAGACCGAGUGGACCCAGACCGAGCAGACCACGUGGACCCGCGGCUCGUCAACGGGAAGCUGACCAGACAGGGAGACAGCCCCUGGCAGGUGGUCCUGCUGGACUCGAAGAAGCAGCUGGCCUGCGGGGCGGUGCUCAUCCACCCCUCCUGGGUGCUGACGGCGGCCCACUGCAUGGAGGGCUCCAGGAAGCUCAUUGUCAGGCUUGGGGAGUAUGACCUGCGGCGCUGGGAGAAUUUGGAGCUGGAUCUGGGCAUCAAGGAGGUCCUCAUCCACCCCAACUACAGCAGGAGCACCACCGACAAUGACAUCGCGCUGCUGCGCCUGGACAGGCCGGCCACCCUCUCACAGAACAUCGUGCCCAUCUGCCUCCCGGACAGCGGCCUUGCAGAGCGCGAGCUCACUCAGGCUGGCCAGGAGACUGUGGUGACGGGCUGGGGCUAUAAGAGCAGCCGAGAGAAAGACACCAAGAGAAACCGCACCUUCAUCCUCAACUUCAUCAAGAUCCCUGUGGUCUCGCGCAACGAGUGCAUGCAGGUCAUGAGCAACAUGAUCUCUGAGAACAUGCUGUGUGCGGGCAUCCUCGGGGACCGGCAGGAUGCCUGUGAGGGUGACAGUGGGGGGCCCAUGGUCACCUCCUUCCGAGGCACCUGGUUCCUGGUGGGCCUGGUGAGCUGGGGCGAAGGCUGUGGCCUGCUCCACAACUACGGCGUGUACACCAAAGUCAGCCGCUACCUCGACUGGAUCCACAGCCACAUCAGAGACAGGGAGGCCUCCCCCAAGGGCCGGGUGCCCUAGCACCCUCCCUGCGGGCAACGCAUGGAGCAUUAAAGGGGCAUGCAGCCAGCA